UUUUCUAUACAAAUGCAGUCCGAUAUUUGGGAUCCUAAAGAAACUCAUAAUAGGUCAGAGAGUUUUGAUCAGAACAAGGAUUUUUGCGUAGAUGUUCUCUAUGGACCUUUGACUAGAGGUAUCAUUCAACGGAUAUGUGCUGCAGACACUCCUGAGGUUCCUCGAGAAGCCUCGUCUCAAGACAAGAUCCGAAGAAAGAGAAAGAAUUGUAUUCGUUACCGCGAUAAACCAGAGCUAAAAAAACGCGCAAGUUGUUCAUUAGAUACAGUCACUGAAACAAGAAAAAGUCGCAAUUCAAGCUCUACGGGAAAACGUCAGAAGAAGCUUCGGUCGUGGAUUCCUAUCGAAGCUUUACCAGUGUUGUUGAAUUCGGUAAUGGAAUCUAUUCCUCAAGAGGAGAGAGCUGUAUAUGAUCACAACAAAAUUCAAGAUUUCCUAUUGAAAACUGUUUCGGAGUUUGGUCUUGGCAAUUCCUCUAUUGUUUCCAGUCAGUUAUUUGAUACUUGUCGUCAAUAUUUGUUGUCGCAUAUUUUGGGAAAUCCUGCCUUUCACAGUAGUUUCCGACUAGACUUUCGAUCACCAGUUUCUAUCAGGUCUUACAAGCAUUUCUUAAUAAACACAUCGAAUACGAAGGAUUUCACAAGUUGGAAUAUCGAAGGAUAUCAUUGUAACCAGGAAACUGAAGAACGCAUUACCGAUAGUGCAUCUGAACAGGAUGUCUUAAAUCUUCAUCUCGGACCAAGAAGGCUUACCAGAACGUUGUACAACGUCCUAAGAAGUAAAAAUGAUGGAAGAAAUGAACGAGUAAAGGAAACAUCCAGAAAAGCCUCUUCAUGUAGAAACGAAUCGUUCUCUAUUGCGAAAUUAGAUAAUGAAGUGGAAGAGAAAGAAGACGAGCAAGAUUUAGGCAUAUCCAUUCAAGAGGAUAGAGAAUCAGCAUUUUCAUCUUUAGGACAACCGAAAGAAUGUCGUCAUAUAUCUCAUCCUAUUGUGAGAUUCCUACCUAUCUUGCAUAGCUUCUUUCAGUAUGAUUCUAAAGACCAAAGCCAUCAUUCUAGUGACAAACAAUUUGCCUCUGUUUAUAGUAAGGCCUGUUUACUUGAAGUUUUAAACAAACUCCUUGAAAAGGAUGCUGUCGUUCCUCGUGAAACUUUAAUGAAUUUUGACAAUAGGAAAAGAAUCGAAAGGAAUAUUCUUGAGCCUCAGUGGAAUUUGAAAACCCAAAAGGGUCAUUACGAGUCUCAAAAGUCGAACCUAACCUGCCCAUAUGAACUUGCUCGUAAGGACAGAAUCUUACGCAAUGAAGAAAUUCUUCGUAGAAUGACGAGAGAUAAGUUGUCUCAGGAAAGCAUAAAAUGGUCUGAAAUACAAGAAUAUGGUGAAUUUUCUGAAUAUUCUGGAAAAGUUCCUUCUGUUCUUUUAGUAAACGAAGAAAUGGAGAAACUACGCAAGUUUUUGCAAGGUUGGGGAAUUUUCUGCGAGUUGCCUCUUUGGAACAUGUUGACUGCAUUCAUUCAUUUACUUGUGGAAGAACGUGACCAGAAAACAUCACAUAGUCCAAGUUUUUAUGCGACAAGUCGAGACAUUCGUCGAAUGGAACGAGUUUUGGAAUCUUGCUCAGAAAAUGGACAGGUCCACGAAGCCGUUCGGAGAUACAUACGUAUUUUACAGUCAACAGAAUAUAGAGAGAGACGAAAUCUAUUUACUCUAUUCAGAGGUCCGUGGAAUGAUGAGAACAAAAAUGCGAUAUUCUUUCAAGCGUGGGAGAAGUAUGGAAACGGACGAGACGCCAAUAAGCUAAUUGCGAUGGAAAUGGGGUCCGACGUACAUCCUAAUCAAGUUGCCUAUAUGAAAUCUCUUUAUCCUGGCUGGCUACUAUAUAAACAAAUGCUCUCUGGGACUUGCGUUGGGACUCAAGGUCAGGAGAACCCCAACUCUUCAGAUUACCAACCAAUAUGUGCAUUUUGUUUGGCACCCAACAACGACUUCGAAGAUCUUCAAAGUGUUGCCAAUUCCGCUUCUAAUUCAAGAGAAGAAGACCUGGAUUUAGGACCUUUCAUAGGACCACUACGUUUCGCUGCCUUCAACUCUGUUAUUUCGAGUUCUUGCUCCUCGUUCUCGAGCAACAGCGGCUACUUUGUGCAUCGUCUUUGCGCCUUAUGGGCUCCAGAAGUAUUCGAGGCAUAUGAUGGAACUUUGUUAAAUAUUGCACAGGCAAUACAACGAGCCCGUCAGAUCUUUUGUUGUUAUUGUCGACGUAAAGGUGCUUCGUUAGGUUGCAAAGAAUGCAAACGUUGUUAUCAUGCUCCCAAAUGUGCACUCCUAGCGGGAUGCUAUUUAGACACAACAACCUUCCAGCUUCUUUGUCCCUUACAUGCUCGUGUCGAAGCUGCAGUGGCUAAGAAUUCAACCCAACAUUUUUCAACAUAAAUAAAUUUUUUAUGUUGGCAAAUAUUGGAUCGAUGCGCCGUAGAUUUUUGUGCUUUGUCGUAAUAAAGUUUGUUGGAAUACUAGCAACUCUAUGAACUUUUUGCCUUUUCAUUAUGAUAUCAUGUAACGCUAUUCUGCGGUUAUUGACUCCAAUUAAAUAUAGCUCUUCACUUGAAACAAGUCCUUUAUUUAGAAUACAAGUGAUGAAACUGCGUCCGUACCAGUCUGAAGAGUUCAAAACUGAAGAGUCGCAGUGUGCUGAUGUAUUCAAUCACUUUAGGAACAAGUUCAAGGGCUAUGACCUCAAAGAAGAGAGUGGAGUUUUUCGCCUCAGAGGCAAGGAUUUGUUGAUAACUUUGAAUAAAGGUUAUUUUUAGAAG